AAGAUGGGUAUCACUUCAACAUAAAGAUGGUCAAUCCAACGACAGGAGAAGAAACGAAUAAGAAGGUCAGCUCUAUGAAUUUUUAUGCGUAUCGAUUGAUGAUUCGACUAGAUGUUGACAAUCAUCUGUUGAGAUACCGCCGUUUGUUUCAACAGUACUGUGUCGACAUGUACGUCGAAGUAGAAACGGAGCGUCUCAAUUUCAUUCGUUUCAAUCAGUCGAAGUUGCGCUCAGGCGAGUACAUCCACAUGCGUGACGCCAUCGCUACUGAAGGACACGCGGCCAGCAUCGGUUGUUUGACCAUUCUCCCAGCUACUUAUGUUGGAAGCCCGCGCCAUAUGCAUGAGUACGCUCAAGAUGCGAUGACGUAUGUCCGUAAUUACGGACGCCCGGAUUUAUUCAUCACGUUCACAUGCAAUCCUAAAUGUCCCGAAAUUACAUCACUGCACGAGUAUUCAAGCAAAAGAUCACAGUACUUAUGA